AGCCAGGGAUGCUCAACCGACCUGUCAACGUUGGUUUCGUUGUGUUGUGUAUCUGUCACGAGCUGACCUCGAAGCAGCAGGUUCUUUAUUUUGCGUAGUUUAUCGCACGAACGGAAUAGUUCCUUAGGCUGUAAGCUAAAUCCUGUCCAGUGGCUAAAAUACGGAUAGACAAAUACAACCUACAACCCAUUAAGAACCAUCCCGUUGGGCAACGCUCGACCGGUUGGGGACACCCGAAGUGUGGAGAAGGAAUAGAGGCGUAUUCUGAACGUCCGAGAAGACAGCAGCGGAAACUAUCUGGUUCAGUGCACCGUGCACACACAGGCGUACCAUGUCAAGAGAGGGACUCGGAUUACCACGCGGUAUCGGUCAACGGGAUUACGGUGCGAUGAGCAGCACCACGGCAGGCACCACCUCGGACGGGAACUUUGGCGGGUUUAGCCCGACCGAGUUCAUCUCCCUGAGCGAAUCGAUUGCGGCGAACACGAUCUUCGUGAAGCAGAGCUGGCAGUUUCUGGAGAAGGCAAACCGUACGAUCGGUACGGCGAAGGACAAUCAAUCGCUGAGGGAUAAAAUUAAUGAUAUUCAAACGGGCACCAAUCAGCGGAUCGCCACAACCACCAAAGACCUCCAACGGUUAACGGUGGUUGUGCGCGGUGGCGACAAGCAGCAAAAGUUGCAGGUCGAGAAACUGACGUCCGACUUUAAGCAAGUGGUUCAGUUCUACUCCAAAAGCCAACAGAGUAUAGCGGCCAAGAUGAAGCAGGUGUUUCUGGUGAACGCAUCCCAGGCGGACGAUCUGCUCGCUGCCGAAGGGUCCUCCGGCAUACCUGGCACGGCCGAACAGCAACAGGAGCUGCAGAAGCAGAAGCAGCUUCAGCAGAGCUUACAGUUCGAGCAGGAUAUGCUGCUCGAGCGGGAGCAACGGUUCCGGGAGAUUGAGGCGAACGUGCUCGACGUGAACCAUAUCAUGCGGGAGCUAAGCAAUCUCACGUCCCAGCAGAGUGAAGUGAUUGACACAAUAGAAAACUCGAUCGGCCGGACGGUGGACAACGUGGAGAGCGGCGCAGAAGAGCUGGUAAAGGCGGCCGAGUAUCAGAACCGAUACCGGCGCAAGGUGUUGAUAUUGCUGAUCGUCGCUGUGAUACUGGGGCUCGUAGUGACCGGCAUUAUUGUGUCGAAGCUGAAGAGCUAAGAAGCCCUCUUUCUUCGUGAGAGAGAGAGCUCGUUUUUUUGCCUAUUUUUAAACCAUCCACCAUUCAUGUGCAGCGGUUCGAUCAAUUUUAUCAAUUGCGAUUGUUGUCUCUAGCGAUCUUUCUUCUUUGGGGCGUAUGAUGUUUUUAAAGUGUUUCCCCCCCCCCCCACUCGCUGUACAACCAUCUAAGAUGCUAUAAUUAUUAUUAUUAUUAUUAAUAUUAUCACAAUUCUGUUCACAUUUUGGAAGUUAACCUAGACAUCUAGUUAAGAGCGAACGCGAUCGGUGAUCGGCUAGGGACAGUAAUUAUUCCUUGUGCGUAUGCGCAAACGGCACACGCGUACACAGUGGUGACCGUUUGGUCACCGUGGUUAGUAGCAUCCAAUAUACAUACCAAACGGACGGUGGUUUCGAACGUUCAACAAUAACUUCAAUACAGUGGAUACGAUUACAUCUAUAACGCCUCCUCACUGGGUAUUAGCGUGUACCGGUUAAUGUUUGAAUCUCGUGAACUGUACUUUUGUAAGUGACCACAAGGGACAGUUUUCCUCUCCGAUCCUCACACAUACACGUACAUACAUCCGAAUGCAGUUGAUGAUGAGGAGAGCGAGCACUACCAGAAUCCCAGCGAGCUGAAGUAUGUUUAGCGGGGAUAAAUAAAUUUACCCAUUCCCUAUCUCUUAA